GUUCAAUGUUAUAAAAUCAACCGGCAAAUUGUUUAGACGUUUUUUUUUUUUACUUAUUUGUAUAUUAAAAUAGCUUUUAAAGUGAUGCUUAUUAGAAGAAUUAAGUGCCUCAGAUAUUUGGGAACUCGCUACAACAGUUCGCACUAUGUGACAACUCCAAUUUUCUAUGUAAAUGCAGCUCCUCACAUUGGACACCUGUACUCAGCGGUCAUAGCCGAUGCCCACUGUCGCUACCAGAGGCUAAGGUAUCCAGAGCAGGAUGUACGACUCUGCACGGGAACGGAUGAGCACGGCACAAAGAUCCAGCAGGCGGCAUCUCUUCACGGGGUGCCCGUUGCCAAAUACUGUGAUGAUAUAUCGCAGCGAUAUCGAGAGGUCUUCCGCAGUGCCAGCAUCCAGCAGGAUGACUUUAUUCGCACCACGGAGGAUCGCCACAAGCGGGCAGUGGCCAAUUUCUGGCGCACACUUCACACACGCGGCCACAUAUAUUCGGCCGCCUACAGUGGUUGGUAUUGCGUGUCUGACGAAACCUUCCUCACCGACUCCCAGCUGAGAUUGGACGAGGCCACUGGUACCCGAUACUCCCUGGAAUCUGGACAUCCCGUCGAGUGGACCGAGGAAACGAACUAUAUGUUUCGACUGUCACAAUUCCAGGACGAUGUGCGCCAUUGGGUGAAAACGGAGGCGCGCGUACGUCCGGCCAAGUUCGAAAAGAUUCUGCUGGAUACGCUCAGCGAACCACUGCCGGAUGUAUCGGUAUCACGUCCUUCCAACCGCGUACACUGGGCCAUUCCCGUUCCCGAUGAUGACUCGCAGACUGUCUACGUCUGGUUAGAUGCUUUAGUCAACUAUCUCAGCUCUGUGGGAUAUCCAGAUGAAAAGUUUUCUGCCCACUGGCCACCGGCGCAGCAAGUGAUAGGGAAGGACAUCCUCAAGUUCCAUGGCAUUUACUGGACAGCUUUCCUCCUGGCUGCCGGCUUGGAACCUCCUGGACAGCUGUACGUUCACUCGCAUUGGACCGUCGAUGGGCAGAAGAUGUCAAAGAGCAAGCACAACGUGGUGGAUCCCCUCCAGGCAGCGCAGCAGUACACCAUGGAGGGCCUGCGAUACUUCCUUCUGCGGGAGGGCGUGGCCCACAGCGAUGGCAACUACAGCCACGUAAAGGCGCAGCGCAUCCUCAACUCGGAGCUGGCGGACACCCUGGGCAAUCUGCUAUCGCGUGCCAGUGCCAAGUCGCUGAAUCCCGGCCAAAUCUAUCCAUCACCCAGCGCGGAGCACUUGGCGGAUCUCCUCCGGAGCCUGGAUGUGGCAAAACGCCUGCAGGAUUCGCUUCUGCAGCUGUCAGAGCGAUGCGAGUCGCAUUAUGAGUGCAAUCACUUCCACUUGGUGGCCGACACAACGAUGGCGGCUCUGCAUGCGGCCAACAACUUCUUCGAGAGCUCCAAGCCCUGGACGCUAAAGGCGGGAGCACCGGAUGGCAACCAGGCCCGUUUGGAGACCAUAAUCGCCAUGACAAUGGACGCGUUGCGGCUCAGCGGCAUUGUGUUGCAGCCCAUAAUUCCCCAGCUGGCCAACCGGCUGCUCGAUAAGCUGAGCGUCCCCACCGCGCAACGUGGCUGGAAUUACUUGGCCGAGAGUUUUGCCACCAGCCCCAACAGCUCCAACAGUCCUGCGGGACUCGGCGAGAGCCGUCAAUUGGACGGGCAAACCAGUGCGCUGCUCUUCCAGCGGAUUCUCGAAGAGACGUCUGCGAAGGAAGUGAAGGAGCAGAAGCCGCAGCCAGCCAAGCGGAGCAAAUCGAAGAAGAAGGAGCGCCGCGAAACAAUGUCCUGAAGUGGCCGUAAUAAACUGAUUCCAAAGCCAAGCAUUUCUUCAAGACGAGGGGUUAAUUAUGUCAUAAACUUUCAUCUUAUCAACUUUGGUAGCUUUAUAUUUUUCAAUUAAAUUUAAAUGCGCUCAGAAAAAUAUCCGUACAAAUUGUUAAUAACCAAGCACAGAACGAAAAAUUAGUAUUUUCUAACUAAAACUUGUUCCCAUUGCAAUGCUUUGUAACUUUCGCCAAAAACCGUUGUCAACUUGGGCGGGCAAUCAAAAUCACAGGCCAAACAACUUGGCCAACUUUGGGUUUUCUGGCUCCCAUUCCGAGUCUCAUUAAAAUCCACUUAAUUAUGUGCAGGAAGGAAAAAGCAGUGCCGUCAGCAGCAUCGCUGUCUCAUAUUCCUUUGUAAUUUAUUACGCGUAAUUGAAGUCAGCAUCAGGUGGCAAGAAUGGGACGUUAUUUAUGGCCUUCAAUUGGUAAACAGGUUGAGGGCAGGCCACCAAGCCGAACUUCAGGCCAGACUUUUAUUUGUUAAUUUAUUUUAAUUUCCAGAGGCGAACCCCAAAAAAAGAAAAAAAAAAACGAAUAAAAACACACCAUGAAAACGACCCAACGAACUGGGUAAUCAAAAUGAAUGGCAAAAUGUGGCUCUCAAUCCGAGUGGUUGUGCAUAUGGCAGUGGAAUGAACUGGCUGAGGGCCAAGUAAAGUGCAACCAUUAGGGCAAAUUGCUGGCUGGCCCUGUGGAGUAGACAAAGCUGAUUAGAUUAGACUCGCCAGUCAAUUGCAUAUCCGCGACUUCGAGGAUAUAGUUUAAUUAGGAUUCCCCCCCUUAGAAAGUCAGCUCUCGACAUCAAUCAAGUCUCAAGCGCAGAAGUCGAAAAUCAUUGGCCAAGAAGUGCACUUUUAUCGCUACUUGAUUGUCCGCAAUUCCUCUAGUGCGUUGCAAUUGGUGAUAGGAAACCACAGUAUUUUGUCCCAACACUGAUACUUCGAAAUUUUAUAAUAUAAUAUCAUAAUAAUAUAGUAAAUACAUAUUCUAGAUCAGUAUCUACAGUCGAUAUAGCCAUGUAUGUCCGUCCGGUUUUUAAGCAAAAUUACCUCCUAAAUCUGCCCAAUUAGGCGUAUAUAUUACUUUGUUAUUAGUUUAAAUAUAAAUUCUGCAAAGGGUAUAUAAACUUCGACUUGCCGAAGCCAGCUUCCUUUCGUGUUCUUUCAAAAUCAUGCGCCUUUCCCAUCAGUGGUUUUUGUUAAUUGCACGAGAAGUGCAGACAUUACCGCCGCUAUCAGCUGCAGGUAAACAACAAUUUAGCUCCAUUUUGCCGUAGACCAACGCUUAACUCUCUUUCCCAGAUUCCGCCCCCUCCUUUUGGUCCAGAUUGCCAAUUAGGGCGUCAAAAUGUGCGGGCUUUUGGACCCAGUUAACUUGCAAUUUGCAGUGCAGGCCGAAUCUGUGGAGAUGCUGAUGCGAAUGUUCACGUUCACAUUCAAGUUGAUGCAGACAGUUUGCUGUUGGCCAGAAAAGUUAGCACAUCUCAUAGACAGAUCGAGCAAUUAGUGCAAGGGAUUGAUGCAUUGUCUGCCUUGAAAUAUGGCAAUGAAAUUCGAUAUGCAGAAUUUGAUUACUUCAAUAUGGGGAGAAUAUUUUCUGACAUGCCAAUUAAGUAAGAAAAUUUGAUUCAUUAAUAUGUACAAUAUACAACAUACGGAGAAUGCUGACCAUAUAAGCUUAACAAACAUUACAUAACGAUGUAGUGCUUUCCAAAUUUCAAUAAACAUCAAUACCUAUUUACGCAUUUACCAUGUGACCCAAAGGCAGUUUAGGAAAUCUAAUAAAAUGUAAAGUAAAGGUGUUGACAUGGAAAAUCUGUGUAAGCAACAUUUAAUGAAUUAAUAGUUUGAAAGGCACGCCAGAAGACCACUUAAAUAUUAUCUCUCCAAGAUUCCUCUGCCAAGGAUCAGGCACUUUGAUCUGCGGUACAUAAUUUAAUAUCCAAGCGUACGAAAUGAAAUUGUAUAAUGCAAGCAAAUUAAAUUGACGUUAAUGAGACAGCAGUGGGCGAAGGAAAAGCAAGUGAACAGGACAGGGGAGCAUAAACAAGCGCAUCAACAUGCUUGACUUGUAAAAAGUUGUGAAGUUUGCAUUUUAAAUGAAAUUAUGCAGGCGCGGGGAUGGGUAAGUCAGGUAAUAGGGUUAAUGAUUCACUUUAAAUGCUGCUUAAACUCGAACGCAGAACCCAAAGUGGUUGUUGUUCAAGCAGUUGUUGCUCUUGCCGCGGAUGCUACCCCCUGUUGCACUUUGAUUAAUUACAAACUUGCUUUGUCGAGAUUGCCGCCGUCUGCCGGCCACAGCUCUGCACUCCGGCAAUGCAUAAUUUAAUUUGCCUGCCAGCCACGUGGCGUAUGCGCAAUAUUGUAAAUGAAUUAGCCCGCGCUCCAAGUUGCCACUUGGCAAUGCUUAAGCAGUGUUUCGAUGGGGUAGCCUCAAAGACAACG